CCGCGCCGUACGGCCGGGCGCACCGUCUCCAUCCGCUGGCAACUUUGUAGCGCGGGGCGCGGGCGGCGCCGCCGCGGCUCUGCCCUCACCCGGGGGGCGAGGGCCGACCCCUCCCGGCCCCGGCCGCCGAGCCCACCCCACCAUGGCCGGGAUCGGCAUCGACCACUCCAAGCUGCCCGGAGUCAAAGAAGUGUGUCGAGACUUCGCUGUUCUGGAAGAUCAUACCUUGGCCCAUAACUUGCAGGAGCAAGAGAUUGAGCAUCACUUGGCAACAAAUGUUCAGCGUAAUCGUCUGGUGCAACAUGAUUUGCGGGUGGCCAAGCAACUGCAAGAAGAGGAGGAUCUGAAAGCACGUGCUCAAAUCCAGAAACACCGAAAAGACUUAGAACGACAGGACUGUGAAAUCGCUCAGGAAAUCCAAGUGAAGCUGGUAUUUGAAGCAGAGCAGCGCCGCAGGCAAGAGGAAAAAGACGAGGACAUUGCCCGUCUCCUACAACAGAAAGAACUGCAGGAAGAAAAAAAGCGCAAGAAGCACUACCCAGAAUCCCAGGGACACACAGUCUAUGAAGAUAGCUAUUAUGCAGAAAAUGGAGAGUACCCCUGGGGUGACCCCCGAGAGCAGGGUUCUGAGCCUCGCAGGGCACGCGGUGGUGACAGGCACACGUGCCAGCAGAGAGAGCACCGAGAAGCGCCCUUGCCUUUGUCCCGCGGUGCCUCCGGACACGGGCAUUCCACCUCGGAGGAACGUCGGAGCUCUCCUCAGCCGAGUGAGGCUGGCAACGGCCAUCGGCAGGAGUGGAAAUCAGCCAGCCAGGGAAGGUCCAGGAGACAUCCCAGCCUAGACCUGGAAAGAGAGGCUGAGCGCAGUGCCUGUGACUACAGCAAUAGCUGGGAGCUGCGGGAGAGGAGAGCAGCCGGCAGGGAGAAGGCUUGGAGACCUCUCAGUCUUGACCUGGAGUCAGAGCAUGGACUCGCAGACGAGGCAUGGUGCAGCAGAAAGCCAAUGAGGCAAGACAGAGAAAAGCACCUUCCUCUUCUUCAGAUGGAACUGGAGGCUGAGCAGGAGACCUGGCGUCAGGGUGGCAGCCAGCUGGUGCGCCCUCAAAAACACAAAUCUCGUCAUCAGGGCCACUCGUCGCACAGGAUGGUGCAUGACGAGCAGCUCCGUGAUGCUGAAUCUAGAGAAGAUCAUAGGAGGGGUGAGGAGAGAGACUGCAAAAGGGCAGGACACAGGAGACAUUCCCCCUCUCCCCACACUGUGACCCAGGGGAAGGUUGGAGACUGCCAGCGAGACUCAGGCACUAAGUUGAGGGGGGCGCAGCAAGCCACGUAUGAUACACCCCAAAGGGAACAGGAGUUGUCUGAUGCAGAGAUUGCUCGGAAGCUGCAGGAGGAAGAGCUCCUGGCUAACGAGGCAGAUCAGAAGGCAGCUCAAGUAGCCCAGGAUGAAGAAAUUGCUCGACUCUUGAUGGCUGAGGAGAAAAAGGCUUUCAAGAAAGAGAAGGAGAGAGAAAAGUCUUCCUUUGAAAAGAGGAGGCAUGAUCAAGACUGGAAGCAAGAUGCAAGCGAGUCCACGCGCUCAAGAUCAAAAGAAGGGCCUGAAACUCAGCGACACAAAGGUGACAGGUCUUCAAGGUCACAGCCUCUCCUUGAUGACUUUGAACAUGCUCGAUAUUACACAAGCCAGCCCAGCCCCUUGCGUCACAUCCCCAAACCUGAGCACUCUCCUAAAGGUUCCCGUAGGAAGCAGUAAACUGUGCUAGCCUUUGCUUUGGUACUGACUCUUCUGUAGCAAACAUUACUGGAAUUGCCAGGCAACUUUCUCAAUUCCUUACCCAAUGGGAUGUCCACCCUCCACUCCCAGGAUCUCCUUUUUUAAGUGUCAUCAUAAUAAGGAACAUUGUUUGUUUCAAUUUCUUACUCAUAUGUGAUCACUUAAGCAGUGCAGUAUAAUCUAGCUGCCACUGAGCUGUGUGAAUCAACUAGCUGACUUAACAGCUCCCUCUUACAUUCUUUUGAGGCUUUCCUUUUAUUUUUAAGCUUUGGCUGGAGCUUGGACAAAUAGGACAAAUAGAGAUGCACAUACAACAGGGAGGAGAAUCCAAGAAAUGAGUUGAGUUAUGGCAAUGCAGCAGAAUGUCAGAAGUACAAGUCCUUUCUGUAUUAGGAUGACUUAGCAAAGAGAGUUACAAGAGGAAAUGUGUUUCUUCCCUUGCUGGAUAAGACAGCUGAGUCAACCUGACAGUCAUGCUAGCUUGCAGGAAGGAGAGAGCAUCUUCAUAACAUACAUCAGCAAAAGCCAGAACCUGGGACUGGUGAGGAAGAAAUUGCCUAUAGAACAAAAUUUCUUAACUGCUGUGUUUCUAGGGUUUCCAGCAAUCUGGGUAGAGUGUGUAACCAGGCAUUUAGCUCCAGGAUAUAGGAUAGAACAGUUAAAAGGAAAGACAAUUUCAAUUGAAAUUAGACCUUGUGUGCAUGACUUUUAAGACAUGCCAGGGAGCUGAUGAAGCUGCAAGUUGUGGAUUGGGAAGAAUCGUACAAACAGAUUUAAAUGCCUGAAGGGACCUCUGUGGUCACCUGCUUUGAGCUUCAGUGUGGUAGAAGCCAAGGAAUUUCACUAAAACCAGGUAGGAACUACUGUAACUCCUAGCUCAGUUGCUGAUGCACUUGAGUACAGUGACUUGUGUCUGAACCUGCAUACGUCUUGGAAACAUGGGGCUGAAGAAGGGCCAUACGGAUAUUGAGCAUCGAAUCCCAAAUCUACAGUUAUAGGCAACUUAGAGCUAGACAGAGAGUGCCUAAACAGUCCGCACAAUGUCUGUGCUGACUGCUUCCCCUCUACACUGCUCCGUCCAGCACCCCAGGCAGACUCCAGUCAGAAUAAAACUGUUACUUUCUAGGGCAUAGCAGGGUUUUCAAGUUCAAACUGUCUGUACAAAUUUGCCCAUGCAGUGAUUGAUUUUUUUUUUUUUUUCCUCCCUUUCAGUGGCUUGUUUGUGCAAGAGAAGAAUCAUUUUCAGAGAGCAGAGGGAAAAUAAGUAGCCUUUUCCCUUGGCCUCCUCUCAUUUCAAUUUUUGUCUUUUUAAUAACUUUUUUUGCCCUUUUUUUUUUUUUUUUCAGUUUUAUUUUUAAACUACAAACCUGAGCAUCUGGAUGCUGGCUUGGAGUCUCUUCGGCCACUACAGUGUAGUUAGUUAUUAAUUUGCCAGUCUAGUUCACGGCAGCAAGCCUGGCUGCCUUGCCCCUGCAGCCCAGCUUCCUUAAUGCCCAGCACUGAGUCUGUCCCACCAUGCUUUUUGUCUUCUGCUGGCAGCUGCAAUUCUGCUGCUGGCUUUGCUGAGGAGGGGAGGUAGAGGCGUGACUGUACUUGCCCUCGCCACCGAUCUGCCUGGGAAAGGAGCCUUGACAGCUCUGUAGAGCUUUGUGGAGAGCACAUGCUGGUGUGGAGCACUGAUAAGAAAUCGGAGGAGAUUGUGUCUCUCUGCUCUUUCACUAAUGCACAAUUCAAGCCCGAAGGCAGCUGUAAGGCUUUCACUUUGGCUGUUGUUCUUGGUCGGGAUAGUUACUGAGGGAGAUCACUAGGAAGAUAAGGCAACUCCUUUUUCACAUAAGUUGCAGGGGCAAGUUUAAUACGACAGCACAAGCCCAUGCCUUGCCGUGCUUAACAACUCACACUUCCAUCUCCUACCCCCACUGGUCUGUUGGCAGCAGUUCACUACCUAUGAAGAACCAGAUAACCCCUGACAGACCUCUGCUCCAGACAUACACUAGCCAAAAAAAUCUUGUAACAUAGGACUUUGCGCGUCGGCAGCAUCCUGCUGGCUGUGUACCCUUGCUUCCAGACUGUGAGCUUGCUCACCUGCAUGAACCCUUAAGUGACUUGCACGGUCUUGCUUGCUUGCUGCUUCUUCUCAGGAAAUAUCCCAGCCAGCAGCUAGAUUUUACUGUCCUCACCUUGUUCCCUCUUCUCGUUCCAUCUCUGUCCAUUCAGAAGUGUUAACGUUGUUUUAAAGAAUCUGAAAAAAGGACAACAUAGGCCCUAUUUUUUUCUUUUGUUAUUUGAUAACUUGGGCCAAUGUGGCAAACUCAUCUGCAAAGAUUUUAUUUUGUAAAAAUUUAUUUUUGUAUUUCAUGUACCGGUCAAAAUCCUACUGCUGAAAAUGCCUUUUUUUUUUUUUUUUUUUUUUUUAAUUUUUAUGUGGGUUUUUUCCCCUCCAUUGCCAUCAGAGUAUUUAUUGUGAAAUGGAUGCCUGGUGGGGUUUUAUGAACUAAUACUUUCUACAAACACCCCAGUCCAGGCCCUGCUGCUUGUAUCAUCUGGUGCACUUGUGAAAACUGGAUGGGGAAAACUCCUGCCAAUCAGAAAGUGGUUGUGCUUUGUACUCACUGCGUGUGGGGAAAAAUGGUGACACUCUGCAAAGGGCAAGCGUAUAUCACCAACUAGGAAUUCAGCCCUCCCAGGGCCUCUGUAGCCGGCUGUGACGGGCUUUCUUGCACUGCAGUUGGCUGAUGUAACUUCUGUCGUACUCUAAUCAGAAAAGUUGUGAAGGCCCUGAGCCUGCUGACAUUUGAAGAACCUAUUAAUUCAGGAGGGAUGCUUGGGAGUGUCCAAGUUCUUGACUUCAAUGGGAGCGAGUGGAAAUGAUGAGAGAGAAAACUCUAGGUGAUUUUAUUUGGAAGCUGGGUAAAGUCUGAGGAACACCUUGGUGCCUACUCAGUGGAGGUGCAGGAUCUCCUUGAUGGCCUCCUCGGGCCAGCCAAGCUGUGCAGCCAUGGCACCAAGAGAGGAGAGCCCAAGGGAAGGAUCCCAGGAGCGUCUGCUGCUUCCUUGGACGCCUUCAGGGAGCGUUGAAUGCUUUAGGGACUGCUUUGCUCUGUAUCCUCCCUUAGUCCUUUUUAUUCUUACUCCCUGCCUUUAUUCAUUUGCUGUCCCUUGGAAGUGUUUCUCCUGUUUUAUUUUUCCACAGCUGUUGUGAAAAGGGGGGCCCUAAGGUUUUGUUAGAAGGGGCUGACACCUAUCAAGAGAGAGAGAAAUGCUAGGAAUGGCAGCUGAGGAAAGCAUGUAGUAAAUGGGGUAUAAACAGAGCAAUUGUUCAUCUAAUAUACCUUGUGGGCCUCAUGCAGCCAUGCAGGUUAGAGACUUCCUGAGGCAAAGGUUGCAACUGGACUUGCAUGUUUAGUAACCACUUUUGGAAGGAGAUUCCAUGGUCCCAUUGAAGUCAACAAGAGUUGAGUUAAGAUUAUGGAUGAACAAGGAGCCAACUCAUCUUGGGACUCAGCAGCCAUGGUUCUGCUGAGAGUCAAGAAGAUGCAGCUUGCGUAGGUGAGAUGCAAAAUCAGCACCUUGCACAGGUGUCCCUGGUAAGAGACACAAUGAAGUUGAUCUUUUAAAAAGAAACAAUCAGAGCAAUAUUUCCUUUCUAUGACAGAAAAAUGUUUAAGUAACUUUAUUUUUUCCUUGUCUUCUCUUGCCAAGUUUUAGUAGCUUUGCCUAUGGUUUUGCUCUGGAUUUAAUAGCAUGUCGGAGCCCUUGCUGGGCCCCCUGCCCAGGUCAUUCAGGUCUUGCAUCCCUUUCUGACUCUGCAUUAACAAGGCAAGAGGCACCAUGUGGAAAAUUCAUCACCUCGAAAUCCUGGCACUUCCUAAUCUCCGUAGUAGGCACACCUCACCAGCAAGAGCUCUCGCCACCUCCUCACCUCUGUCCGAAGCACAAUGGUCUGCAGAAGAGAGGUCAGGUGAACCGGAGUGAUCGUGCCUUACAUGCAGGAAUACUCAAUGUCUUCAGCAGGCUGAUUUGAGUCACCUUGCUAUGAAACACUGUCUUAAUGUGGACUGUACAGCUUCCUGCAGCGAUAAGCAGUGGUUGUCACGUGGAUAGAUCCAACAGGUUAAUCUCAUCUUUUUUUAAAGAACUUCAUGGUUUUGAACUUAGUGGUAUGGGAAAAUAUCAGCUGUUAGGGGAUAGAUGAAGUCUCAUCAUUGAAUUUCUCCUCUUGGGGAGGAAGGAUAGAAGUUACAAAUGCUGCAGUCUGCUUCACUCUGUAAAAGGGAUCUUGUAUGUACAGUAUUUUUAUAUCUCUGCAUUCCCACCUAUCAGGAUUUGAAUCAGGAUUAAUAACCUUCUCUUACUUAGGGGAAAAAAAAAUGGAUUUUUAUUUUUACAGUGCUAGACCUUUGUGCGUUUUUAUUUUGUGCCAAAUUACAGCCACUGUUACACUCUAGUGUUUUCAUUCAGUUUAUUGCUAUUGAUCAAUGUGUAUAUUAUAUAUUUUUAUUAUCAAGGUUUUUAUUUUAAUUCAUAUUAACCGGUAUGCAAACUAACUGUGGAUUGCUAAUUUAUAUAUAAAGGGGAGCACUUGGAGACAGUGUGAGGAUUCCCCUACUUAGUUUACACUCUUGUAAUCCAGCACAGCCAGUCCAUGAAACCCAUCGCUUCUUAUACAGAAUGAUCUUCUGGGCCUUUGUCACCCUGAGCAGAUUGCUCCUGCUGUUCCUCCCGGCAGUACUGGCACUGCAAGGCUAUGUUAGAUCCAACAGGAAACGAAGCACAGCUCAUAGCAUGGACUGAUGUGUGACCGAGCUCUCUGCUGUCUUGCUCCUGGCAGUGAUGCCAGGGAGGGUACUGCAGCAGGAAUUCCCAUCUGGGGGUGACGUUGAGGUUUACUCUGCCCUAUAUUCGUCCCCAGCCAAUGGACAGUUGGUUUUGCCCCACUCUCUCAAGAUGCUCAGUGCUUAGUUUUGCAGUUGCUUUGGGAGGUGGGUGUGGGUUAUAGCGCUGAGGCACAACAGUGUCCCUCGCAUGAAGUAUACCAUAGGCAGCUUGUCUUUUUUUUUUGUUGUGCAGGACAGGCAUAAACCUACAGAGAUCCCAGUUUACUGUACUCUUUAAAACACAUGCCGCAGCACAUUUCUGGCUGUGCAGUACUGCCGUGGAGGCUCUGGCUGUGCUGCAAACAAGUGCCACUCGGACUGCUAUGCCCAGGACAGGCUGCAGGACACAGGUUUUGUGCUGAGAAGCUGUACUGCUGUCAGGUUCUGGGCUGGAGAUACAGCCACCACCUCCUCCCUGUGAGUAGCACAGGGCAAGGCUUAGCUGUGCAGUUUGGGCUCUUUCAGGAGAGUCCCAGAGAGGACAGUGGCACACACAAAUGAGUAUUUUCUACUUCACGGUAAACAAGUUCCACUGUAUCAGUGUUCACUCUAAGUAGACUCCACGGUGUGUCUCCAGCUGUAUCUGUGCACUGCAAUAUAGUUAAUUGCCUCGGAAAUAACUGCAAUUGUCUCAUUUAGCUCUUCAGGGUAAACUUUCAGCCUCUUGAAUCUAAAUACUAGCCAUGCGAUGAGAUGGAUUAGUCAGAAGGUUUAAAUUCCUCAGAGCUGCAAGUGUACCCUGUGUUGCAACAGCUAAUCCUUAAAUUGCGCACUGACAAUAAUCUGUCUAUGCAAGACUAUCUUUUUUUUUGACUGUUCACUCUAUAGUUUUACCAGGUUUGGCAUAGAACUUCUGAAUGACAUUUAACCAAAGUAUCAUGUCUGUGUGUGUAUAGCAUGUUUUGCUUCAUACUCCUGAAUUCUCAUUGAAUGUAAAGGGAACAUUGUCUUGCCCCAUUUCGUCAAUAAACCGCUGUAUUUUGUUACCCACUACAUCGUUCUGUUCCUCUGUGUCCUUAUCUGGAAACACUGAAGUGGGUUACACAAGAGCAGGAGAAAACAACACUUCGUUCCACCCUUGGUUCCUGGAGCUCAGCUGCUUCUACCAGUAAUUAUGUUCUUCCAAUGUAAUAAAUGUAGCAAAACAACAAAUUUGUAUUUAAUUUGAUUAUUUUGUGGCCAGACAGAAAAAAGGCUGUGUAAUAUCUUGGAAAGAAUCUGGACUGUUUCAUUUCCUGGGACUGUGAUACUGAAAAAUAAAGCAGUGUAAUUAUUUGCAA